AUGUGUAGUGGAUUUAUUCUGUCUUCUCUUACGUUGAGUUCCCACAAGGAUAAUGCAGUUGCAGAUAACAAUACUGAUCAUGACACAAUAACUGGAUUUUUGCUGGCUGGAGUAAGCAAUGUGGAUUUGCAGAGAAAGACAAAUUACCUAAUUGUGGACUCAACUAUGCUUUUGAAAACAACUGUUAAGCAAAUUGAAGAAGCAUUCAAGGCGUUUACAACAAGAGAAGACGUUGCAAUAGUGAUGAUCAGCCAAUAUGUUGCAAACAUGAUAAAGUUUUUAGUAGAUAGCUACAACAAUCCAAUUCCAACAAUUUUGGAUAUUCCUUCCAAGGACCAUCCUUACGAUCCAACACAUGAUUCUGUUCUUUCAAGAGUAAAGUACUUCUUCUCUGAUUUUCCCAUUUUAUGUGUUGUAUGCUUGAAUGUUUGUUCUUUCUUUAUUUAUUUCUAAUUUGGAUUUGCAGAUUCUAACAGUUUGUGGGGUUACUCUCUCUGUCUCUCUAUCUCCCCUUUAAAAUUUUAAUUUCAGUUCAACUUUUACUAUUAGAUCACCAAUUUCAAUAUUUUAAGCUUACUAGUAUUGGUAAUGAGUUUUUGAAAGGUCUUAAAACAUUUUUUUCCCUGGGUCAGUUUAGUGAAAAGGUAGAUCUUUUGUGGAAUUGAUUAAGACUACACCAUAAUGGUAAUGAGAUAAUUUAAUCGCCUAGUACGCAUCUUUUAACAUUUUUGCUUUAUUAUCCAUCUCACUAGCUGGUGGGGUAACUUGGUAUUU